UGUUUUUCCAGACUGAUGAAUAUUAAUGACUGUGUUUUUACCUGAAAGUUUGGUUUUAAUUUGUGCUUUUUUUGGUAAUUGUCAACUUCCUGCAGUCAGCUCUGCUAAGGGGGGACUCUUCUCCGAACAUGCAGGCUGAGGAAUACAACCGCAGAGGUAAGGAGCUGGUGGACUAUAUCACCAAGUACCUGAGCUCCAUCAGGGAGAGGAGGGUCAUCCCUGAUGUGAAGCCAGGCUACAUGAGAGAGCUGCUUCCUGAAGCUGCGCCAACUGAACCGGAGGACUGGGAGAGCAUCUUCAAUGACAUUGAAAAAGUCAUCAUGCCUGGGGUGGUUCAUUGGCAAAGCCCUCAUAUGCACGCCUACUACCCCAGUCUGACUUCGUGGCCCUCCAUGUUAGGGGACAUGUUGGCUGAUGCCAUCAACUGCGUAGGAUUCACAUGGGCCUCCAGCCCAGCCUGCACAGAGCUAGAAAUGAAUGUGAUGGACUGGUUGUGUAAAGCGCUGGGGCUUCCCUUGUUUUUUCUUCAUUAUCACCCUGACAGCAGAGGUGGAGGCCUGCUGCAGAGCACAGUAAGUGAGGGGACUCUAGUUGCUCUCCUGGCUGCCAGGAAAGACAAAAUACUGCAGCUGAAGGCUGAGCUGGACCAGGAAGUGGACGACUCGGUUCUCAACUCCACACUGGUGGCAUACGCUUCAGAUCAGGCCCAUUCGUCUGUGGAGAAGGCAGGUCUGAUCGCUCUGGUGAAGAUUAGGUUUCUUCCAGCUGAUGAGAAGCUGUCUCUGAGGGGAGACACUCUGAAGCAAGCCAUUCAAGAGGACCGGAGGAGGGGCCUUGUUCCAUUCAUGCUGUGUUCGACUCUAGGAACGACAGGAGUGUGUGCAUUUGACAAGCUCUCUGAACUGGGACCAAUCUGUAAAGAAGAGGGACUCUGGCUUCAUGUUGAUGCUGCGUAUGCUGGCUCCGCCUACUUUUGUCCAGAAUUACGCUGGUCUCUAAACGGCAUUGAGUUUGCACAGUCUUUUGUUUUUAACCCCUCAAAGUGGAUGAUGGUUCACUUUGACUGCACAGCUUUCUGGGUAAAGGAUAAAUAUAAGCUCCAGCAGACCUUCAGUGUUGAUCCUGUUUACCUCAGACAUGAAAACUCACGGGCAGCCACAGACUUUAUGCACUGGCAAAUUCCUCUCAGCCGACGUUUUCGAUCUCUGAAGCUUUGGUUCGUCAUGCGUUCCUUCGGGCUGAAAAAGCUCCAAGCUCAUAUCAGACAUGGAAUUAAGAUGGCGAAGCUCUUGGAGUCUAAAAUAAGGAGCAACCCAAACUUUGAGGUUCCUGCUGAGACACAUCUUGGCCUGGUGGUUUUCUGUCUGAAAGCAGGAAACAUUGUGACUCAGGAGCUGCUGAGGAGACUGACCCGUUCCGGCACCAUGUACCUCAUCCCUGCAGAAAUCCACACAAAACGCAUCAUUCGAUUCACAGUGACUUCCCAGUUCACCACAGAGGAUGACAUUGUAAAGGACUGGGCCUUUAUUUCUAAAACUGCUAGUGCUCUUCUUGCUGAGAAGGAAAGUUUUAAUAACGCUGAACAGCUCGGAUCAGAUGAGGAAAAGGCAACAGCAAAGGAAGAUGGCAUAGAGCCUCAUUUGGAUGUCAUGGCUGAUGAAAAAGAAGACAUGGUCACCCAGCUGGAAAAAGCUAACGUAGACCUGUGGAUUGACAAAGCCUGGAAUCGACCUAGGCGACCGAUGCGCUCUCUUAGCUGCAACAGUGAACCACUGCCUUACUGGGCGCUGUUUAGCUUUGAUUGUGAAUCAUUGCCUUGUCUUAAAGACGGAUCAGACGGCCUCCCUCCGCCAUCACCGACAGAUUCUAUGAUUAAAGAGGUGCCUUCAAAUCUUCCGGGGAAGCAGGUCCUGAAAAAGCUUACAAAGUUUUACAGUGUUCCCAGUUUCUGCAACCAAUGGGCCCAGUGCAGCCGGCACCAGCUGACCUGCCCUCUGAAGGUCUCACACAGUGGUCAGAAGCUUUUAUCCUCCACCUGCAGGAGAAUUAACUGCACACACUCAUCCCCUGCUACAAACACAGCAUCUUCCACCUCUCCACUGGAAAGUCCCAGGUGUCUUAAAAACUCUCAAAUCGAUGAACAAUAAUUUAAAGUUGACUUAAAGUCGCAUAUGUCAACAAAAUAGCUUUUUUUUUCUUUUAAUAAUCAUCAACCAUAAAAGCUACUAAUUUUUCAUUGUUUUUGUUUCAUCAUGGCUUUCCUCUGUACUUAUGGAUGGAGCCUUUACUGCUUUUAAAUGAGAAAGGUUUUUAUAGAAAGUACCUCUAGCUCAUUUGUUUAGUGUUUAGCCUUUUCUUUUAAUUUACACUAGCUAGGAUAAAGCUUUUGCUGCUUUGUGUACUUUUUGUUCCACAGAAAGCAUUUUCAUUGAUUUUGUGUCCAGCUGUGUGUCUUAUUGGAAAAGAGUUAGUUAGUGAGCUACUGUUUCCAUUACCUAUGUCUUCAUUUUUUAUUUUCUUUUAUGGACAAUUUUCAUU